UAUCAAAGUAGGGGAAAAAAUAAAAACAAAAACUUAUAUGGAAGUCGACUUUCAUAGAACAAUUAUCCAUUCUUUUCACAGUUCAUCGGUUUUAUUUCUGUGUCCCUCUGCUUCUCCAUUCCGUUCCAGUUGAACAUUCGAUCACUCCUCGCUAUCCUCUACUAAUUGAUCCCAAUUACGCUUUCCAUAACUACAUUACAUACUUUGGUUUCUUCAAAAAUCAGAGAAAAAACAACAAGAAGCUGUGAGUCUCUCAGCGACUUUACUAUCAUACAACCUUGCCAAAAUUGAGAGCGUGAGUUUCUCUGUCCGACAUUUUCACAAACACCAUAUAUGGCUAAAGGGGUUGCUAAUUUUAUCAGCUUCUGCUCAAUCCCAGGAGUUAGAAAUUCUACCACGCUUGCACCUGAGAAACCAAGCUUCAUUCUUUCUCAAAGCUCAUUUCAUGAGCUAGUGGGUGGGUGUGUUGGCUACGUGAAUUACAAGUCUAUCAAUGCUUUAAAAGUUACUAGGAGGGGCUUCCAUACCAAACAGAGGAAAUAUUCAAUGCCUGUUUCAAAAUUCUCUCAGCAUAAAGCUGUUAGCUUUCAAGUAGGGAAUCUAGCGAGUUUGGAUUUCCAGCGUUUUUGCAGAGAAGGAAACGUGGAAGCAGCCCUUGAUGCUAUGAAUGAAAUGGAGAAGAAUGGAGUUUUUGUGGACUCACUAGACCUUAUUGACUUGCUGCAAAUUUGUGAGGAUAUGAAGUUGUUGGAAACUGGAAAAAGGGUCUUUGAGUACACAAUGAGGUCUCCAUCAAAACCCCAUAUUGCUGUUUUUAAUAAAUUUGUAGAGAUGUACUGUAAAUUAGGUGAUACAAGCUGUGCGAAAAGGGUGUUUGAGGAAAUGCCGAAAAGAAACUUGGAUUCUUGGAAUAAGAUGCUAGUGGGUCUGGCAGAAAAUGGGGAAGGAGCAGAAGCUCUUAGGAUAUUUUCAAUGAUGAAGAAAGAUGGAGUGAGGCCUGAUGAAUUUACUUUUGUUGGUGUUAUUAUGGCAUGUCGAUGCGUAGGGGCAGUGGAGGAUGGGCAAGAACACUUUGUAUCAAUGAGCAGGGACUAUGGAAUUACUCCAUCAAUGGAGCAUUAUGUGGCUAUUGUUGAUCUUCUAGGAAAGUCAAAGAAGAUAACUGAGGCAAAGGAGUUAAUUGCAAAUAUGCCAAUUGAACCAAGUUCCCGUGUUUGGGAGACAUUGGAGAAGUACUCUAAAGCUGGACCUUCUGGUUUGAAACUUAGUAAUAAAAAAAAGGUAAUGGACAUGCUGGUUUCAAAUCAAAAGAAAGCAAGUCCAGAGAAGAGCAAGGCAUUUAAAAAACUGAGGUCUUUAAGUAAGGAGGUGAAGGAAGCAGGCUAUGUGCCUGAGUCUAGACAUGUAUUACAUGAUCUUGACCAUGAAGCAAAAGAGAAGACAUUGUUAUAUCACAGUGAAAGGCUAGCCGUUGCUUUCGGGCUUAUCAAUACACCUCCUGGGACCACACUGAGGAUCAUGAAAAACCUCAGGAUUUGUGUUGAUUGUCACAAUUUCAUUAAGAUCCUAUCAAGUAUUGAGAAGCGAGAGAUUAUCGUUAGAGACAUUAAAAGGUUUCAUCAUUUCAAGGAUGGAAAAUGUUCCUGUAGGGAUUAUUGGUAAUUAAGAACUGGGUUUUUUUAGAAUCAAUAGACUUCCUUAGGCUUGGUUGCUGUAGAGUUUGUUGAGUUCCUUCUUAAUGCGUGAAGUUUGGUUAUAUAUGUCAUUUGAUGACAUGGUUGGCCUUCAGAAAUAAAAUCAUAUUGUUCAACAGUCCAAGGGCAUUCUCUGCAGAAAUGCACUCUUAAAGUAAUAUAGGUUUUUUUUUUUUUUUUCUCCUGAAAUGAUGAAGUUGCACACAUUGUAUGUUUAGAUGGUAUUGGCAAUGUUCUUACUUUUAAAAAGAGAAAAACAAGUAUACAUUUAUUGUGAUGUGUACAUGUGAAAGAAACACAGAUAAUUU